GGGUGGCGCCUUCCCCGCGGCUGCAGCUCGUCCUCCGCGGCUGCCGGAGACCAGCGAGAGAAGGUUCCCCAGAGCCCGCCCGUCGGUUCUGCCUGCGGCUAGCUCAAGACCCGGGGCCGAGAGGAAACGCUGGAGCCGGAGUUCCGUCCGCGCCGCCAGAACGCGUGUGCCCGGCCCCCCGCCGCCCGCCCUGGAACUGCUGAAGGACGUGCACCUGGGCCUGGCCCCGCCCGGCCGCGGCCCCGCUCGCCUGGCCCUCCUAUCGGGCCACUACCUUUACUAUCACUACGGCUGCGACGGCCUGGACGACCGGGGCUGGGGCUGCGGCUACCGCACUCUGCAGACGCUGUGCUCGUGGCCAGAGGGCCGGCCCGCGGGCGUGCCCGGGCUAGCCGCCGUGCAGGCGGCCCUGGAGGACAUGGGUGACAAGCCCCCGGGGUUCCGGGGCUCCCGGAGCUGGAUCGGUUGUGUAGAAGCCAGUCUGUGCCUCGACCACUUCGGAGGGCCCCAGGGGCGCCUGUGUCACGUACCCCGUGGAGCAGGGCUCCAGGGGGAACUGGAGAGGCUUUACUCCCACUUCGCAGGGGGCGGGGGGCCUGUAAUGGUUGGGGGGGAUGCAGAUGCCCAGUCCAAGGCCUUGCUGGGAGUCUGCCUGGGUCCAGGCACAGAGGCCUAUGUUCUGGUAUUGGACCCUCACUUCUGGGGUGCUCCGAAAAAUCCCAGUGAACUACAGGCAGCUGGGUGGGUAGGAUGGAGAGAGGUAGGCACAGCCUUUGACCGCAACUCCUUCUACAACCUGUGCUUGACCAGCUGCAACUCCCAAAAGCAGCAACAUGCCCUGGACUGAGGCUCGGGGCCCAGAAUGGAGACUGUCUCUGGCCCCAAACACCUAAACCCUUUACUCCAAGGCAAAAGCUGCCUGGGCCUUUGGAGUCAAUAAAGUGGUGA